AUGGCGUCUAUAACAGCAGUCGCCCGACUUGUCCAUAUAAACCCAUCUUCAAAAUUAAACCCCAGUUUAAUUUCAGCUACCAAACCACUUUUCCCUUUCUUCUCACUCAAAUCUUCGUAUUACCCAAUCGUAUCAUCAUCCGCUGCUUCACUUACUUCUUCAAGAGCAAUGUCUUACGAUAAACAGCUCAUUGCUGCCAAGAAAGCCGCUUCCCUUGCUUCUCUCCUAUGCCAGGCAUCUUUCUCUAUCUAUCUCAGUUACUUAAUCGCGAGAAAACUUGUCGAGAUGAUUGUUUCGGAACUUAAUGUGCAAAAAGGACUUUUGCUAUCUGAUGUCCAAUCAAAAUCUGAUAAAAGUCCUGUCACUGUGGCUGAUUAUGGGUCCCAAGUUCUAGUGAGCUUUGUUCUUCAACAAGAACUUCCUUCACAAGCAUUCUCACUAGUGGCUGAGGAAGAUUCUGGAGAUCUUAGAAAAGAAGAUUCUCAAGAAACCCUUCAACGUAUCACGAAGCUAGUGAAUGAUACUAUAGCUAGUGAUGGAACUUAUAAAGUGUCCCCUUUAUCUGAAUCCGAUGUGCUUACUAUCAUAGAUUGUGGUACAUCUGAAGGAGGGUCAAAUGGUCAACAUUGGGUUUUGGAUCCUAUUGAUGGUACUAAAGGUUUUCUAAGGGGUGACCAAUAUGCAAUAGCAUUAGGUCUACUAGAUGAAGGGAAAGUUGUGUUAGGUGUCCUUGCAUGUCCAAAUCUUCCAUUAGAAUCCAUUAACAACAAAAAUCAAAAUACAUUCAGUAAAUCGGGAUGUUUGUUCUAUGCACAAUUAUCUUGUGGGACAUACAUGGAGUCGUUAGCUGGUUCGCCACCUGUCAAGGUGCAUGUUAGCGACACAAAAAAUUCUGAAGAAGCUUCCUUCUUUGAAUCAUAUGAAGCUGCUCAUUCGUCUCAUAGUUUAUCUGGUUCUAUAGCAAAGAAAUUGGGUGUUAAAGCGCCACCUGUCAGAAUUGACAGCCAGGCAAAAUAUGGAGCUUUAUCAAGAGGAGACGGUGCGAUAUAUUUACGGUUUCCAAAUAAAGGAUACCGUGAGAAGAUAUGGGACCAUGCUGCUGGAUACAUUGUUGUUGCAGAAGCGGGUGGUGUUGCCUCGGAUGCUUCCGGAAAGCCUUUAGACUUUUCAAAAGGAAGGUAUCUUGAUCUGGACACAGGUAUCAUUGUUACCAAUCGCAAACUUAUGCCAGCUGUCUUGAAAGCAGUUCAAGAUUCACUCAAGGAGCAAGCUUUGCCAUCACUGUAAAUUUUAAAAAGUUUUCGGGUGUUGUGCAUUAUCUCAGUUUCUAAAACAUCUUCUUGAUUGUAUUUUACUAUUUUUAAUAAAGAUAAAGAUGGGAUUAUGUUUUAGUUUUUCAGGGGAUGAAUAUUAUUACAAAAAUAAUUCUUGUUUCCUUGCAAUGUGAAAUGUGAAUCAUCAAUAACUACAAUCAUCUUAAUACUUUUUCUUCUCUUUCACCCCAUCUUCUUGUCCCAAAUUAGAUCUUAG